AAAUAUCCAAAAAGUGAAACUUUACUAUCCAAAGACAUUUCAACCAUUACCAACUUCUUUGCCAACAAUGGAAAACGUACAACCAAGAUUCAAGUCAAACUCAACUUCAAAAUCAACUUCCAGAUCUUCAAAAUCAAUGGGAUCAUUUCGCAUAAGAAUGCCAACACCUGAGGAUAUUGAGAAAUACAAGAACAAAUUUGUAUCUGUGGUUGAUCCUAAAUUGGGAACUAUUUCCAUGCCUGAUGAUUUUUAUAUCAAAUGUCAAACCACUUUUGACAAACACAAUUUUGGUUGGAUUCGAGGACCUAACUAUAAGAAGGCUGUGGUCUUAUAUCAAAAAACUAACACUGGGAUGGUUCUGACAAAUACAUUAAAUGUUUCUAGAACUUUUGGUAUUGUCAAACCAACCAGAGUAAGCUUCAGUUAUGUCCCAGCAGAAAAUCAAUUUUGGAUGCGAAUUUUACCAAACAAUAGAUCUUCUGGAAAAAGAGUUCCAACUGCUGCAGAUAUUGAAAAAUACAGGCACAAAUUUCACACUCAAAUUGACCCUAACUUGGAAACCAUUUCAAUUCCUGAUGAUUUUGUUAAUGAAUGGAAAACUACUUUUGAUAAACACAACUUUGCCUGGAUUAGAGGUCCUAACUACAGAAAUGUUGAGGUCUUCUAUAAACAAACUGACUCUGGGUUGGUCCUUACUGAUUCAUCAGUUGUUUCAAAGUAUUUUGGCUUUGUCAGACCAACCAGAGUUACCUUGAGUUAUGUCGCUGCAGAAAAUAAGUUUUGGAUGAGAAUUUUACCUCAUAAGAUUGUUCCACAAAUUAACAUCAAUGACACUACUGUUCAGCAACCCAAUCAUGAUCCUGCAAAGACUCCAGCCCAGAAUGUGGAGAUUGACAUUGUUCCACAGAUUAACAUCAAUGUCACUAAUGUUCAGCAACCCAAUCAUGAUUCUGCAAACCCUCCAGCCCAGAAUGUGCAGAUUGAACAAUUGUCAGUGGAUAAUAACACAAAUAUGAGGGCUACUCAUGACAGGGAUCAUGCAUCUGAAAUUCCUCCAAGAAUGAACUUGAGUAACAAAGAAGGCAGGCUCUCUUUAAAAAGGAAGCCACUUAAUGGAGAUAAUGUCAUUCAUGAAACUUCUGAUCAAGUUUCUUUAAGGAGAUCAAAAAGAUUGAUUGUUGCCAACAACAAAAUUCAAAUUGAGAAGUUAACAAACACCCAACCAAAGUUGUCAUCAAAAAGAAUGAAACACCAGAAGUUUGUCAGGGCUUCUACCAAAGCUAUGGUUAGUAGGAUUAUAAUUAAAAAGACUGAAUUUGGAUAUGAAUGGACUAAAUUGGUGACUGAAGCAGCAGCUAGAAAAUAUGGAGCUAAAGUUCUGCACAUCCCAAAUGAAAUAUCAAAAAUUGUAUUGAAGCCGAAAUUUGCCAAGAUUUUGAUUGAAGUUCAAAUGAAUGGAGUAACUCUGCUGAGUAUUCCUUGCAAUGUCAUGACUGCCAAGAGAUACCAAUUUGAAAGAUACAUUUCCAAAGAAUGGUCUAAAAUCAUCAAGAAGACCAAUAUUGAGGCAGGUGACAAACUGAUGUUCAAGCUUCAAGAACCUCCAGCAAAAUUGAUGAUUCAACUGAUCAAGGGCAAAUGA